CCUCCUUGAAGCAGUAGGCAAAACUGUUUAUAAAGCCAGCAAAACAAUUGGUUGUAAUACUCCCAAAACGCAAGAAAUAAACAAGUUAUUGCAGGGGGCAAACAACUUACCUGGACAUGUAAUUACUUUUUCAACAUGCCUUACUACUGCUAUUAUAGCUAUCAAUACUUUUAACAAAAUUCGUGAAGAAUUUAAUUUUGAUGUACACAAUUUUAAAAGUUCCGAGUAUUCUAAAAACAAGAGCAGUUUUCAUGAAUCACUGGAAAAUAUUAAAAAUUUUUUGGAUCGUAUAUCAAAAUCAAAAAUCAUAACUGAGAAAAAUACUUCUAAAUUUGCUCUCUAUGCAAACGAUCUUAAGCAUAAAAUCCAAGAAAUAAAAAAUGCAAUUGAAAGAAAGUUAGCAGAAUUGAAUAAUUCAAGUGGAAUAUUUGAAGGAUUAGCUUCUGUUGCUUCCGCAUUGUCUUAUUUUGCAGUUAAAUUUGUGAUAGGAAAAGCUAAUGCUGCAACAGUAGCUGCCAACAUAGCAGAAGCUGUCUAUGCUAUAGCUUUGGGAGCUAUUGCUGUAUCUGCUAUGAUUAUUUUUAUUUCUGCUAUAGAAGUAUUCUUAAUCUUUGACAGCUUCAAUAAUAAAAAAGAAGAAAACAAAGAAAAAUGCAGAAAACUUAUCCAGUCACUAGAACAAAUCCAUGAAUCCCUUAGCGAAAUACAAAAAGAGUUUUCAGGAAAAGAUCUUGAAAAAGGAGGAAUUAAUUUAAAUGAAAAAGAUAAAGAUUCUUUUAGUAAAUUAAAAACAGAAAUCUAA